AUGGAAAUCCUUCCAGAUGGUGUCACCAGUUCAGAGAGUGACACUUCAGACUGUCGACAGUUGUGCUUGUUUGUGUUUAGUGUUCUUAGCCAGAUCUGGGGAGUGUUUAUCCUUUCUGGUGUUGGGUGCCUGAGAGGAUGCACAGAAAUAGUACCACAUAAGGGUAAGGAGAAGAAGGAAGAGCAGGUCAUCAGCUUGGGACCACAGGUUGCCGAAGGGGAAAAUGCGUUUGGCGUCUGCCAUAUCUUUGCUUCCUUCAAUGACACUGUCCGUGUAACUGACCUCUCUGGCAAGGAAACUGUCUGCCGAGUGGCUGGUGGUAUUCAGGUGAAGGCUGAAGACGAGUCUUUGCCCUCUGCUGCUAUGUUGGCAGCCCAGGAUGUUGCCCAGCGGCGCAAGGAGCUGGGCAUCACUGCCCUUCACAUCAAGCUGCGAGCUACAGGUGGAAAUAGGCCCAAGACUCCUGGACCUGGUGCCCAGUCAGCCCUUGGAGCUCUUGCUCGUUCUGGAAUGAAGAUUGGGCGCAUUGAGGAUGUCACCCCCAUCUCCUCUGACAGCACUCGCAGAAAGAGUGGUUGCCAGGGUCGUCGUCUGCAAACUGUGGCUGGCUUUUGUUUUGUGAUUAAAUCUCUCAAAGAAAAAACAACAAAAAAACCCAGCAGCCAAAAGGAACAGAUCAAUCAGCUGGGCUGUUUCCUUCACUGCCCCCAUGUUGUCUGCUGGAGGGUGAGCUCACUGCAGGGCCGUGGCCAUUGCAAAAUACAUCAAAAACUACCUCAGGGAAGGGCAGCUCCUUUUGUGUGGGACUUGGAUGGAAAGGAAUCUGUCUCAUCCGGAUGCAUCUUGGCAUAUGCAUAAGGUUAGGCAGACACU